AUGUCUGAUGGGGACUACGAUUACCUCAUCAAGUUCCUAGCCCUGGGGGACUCGGGCGUCGGGAAGACCAGCUUCCUCUUCCAGUACACCGAUGGCAAGUUCAACUCUAAAUUCAUCACGACGGUGGGCAUUGACUUCCGAGAGAAGAGAGUGGUGUACCGCUCCAAUGGGCCAGACGGAGUGAGUGGCCGUGGACAGAGGAUACACUUGCAGCUGUGGGACACGGCUGGGCAAGAAAGGUUCCGCAGCUUGACCACGGCCUUCUUCAGGGACGCCAUGGGCUUCCUCCUCCUCUUCGACUUGACCAACGAGCAAAGCUUCCUCAAUAUCCGGAACUGGAUGACCCAGCUGCAAACACACGCCUAUUGCGAGAACCCAGACGUGGUCCUAUGUGGGAACAAGAGCGACCAGGAGGAGCAGCGGGCUGUGAAGGAUGAGGACGCCAAGGCCCUGGCCGAAAAAUAUGGGAUCCCAUACUUCGAGACCAGCGCAGCCAGCGGGACCAACAUCAGCAAGGCUAUCGAGACGCUGCUGGACCUGAUCAUGAAGCGCAUGGAGCGGUGCGUGGACAAGUCCUGGAUCCCGGAGGGGGUGGUGCAGUCCAACGGGCACAGCUCCGCGGAGCGCCUGGGCCAAGAGCCGGAGAAGAGCAGGUGUGGCUGCUGAGCGGCCUGCUGGGGGCGGAUCCGGGGCUCCGUUCGACCCCUUUGCCGGACGCUCCUGCCUGCCCUGCACAUAGAAGAAGUAGCCUUUGUGAGAAGCCUUGGAGCCUGCUUUCGAACGAUGCCAACCGGAGCUUGGCUUCCAUUCCCUUUUCUUCAUAUUCAGCGGGAAGGAUUGGCCUACAGCCUGCCUGCCUGCUUGUUUCUGAGCAGAAGACCCCUUCUGUCAAAGUCCCCAAAUCCUCUGGCACAGUUACAGAAUGGGCAGCUUGAGGAGGAGAGGGAGCGGAUGCAGUCCUUUUGGUCCCUCAAGCUGAGUGCUCAGCACCACAAUCUGGACCAAGGCAAAAAAAAAAAACACACACACACACACAAAGAUAGCUAUAUCCCCACAGAGAAGUCGCACACCAGCUUUCUCGUCUUGGCAGGAACAGACUGAAGGCUGGUUGAGCUGGCCAAUGCUUCCCGCUCAAUGCCUUUGGAGAAAA